ACCAAACAUUUAGUUUCAGAGACCAAACACUAAAGCAUGUUAUUCACAAGCCAAGAUGCACCAAUAUUUCCACCGUCCUCUCACCACCAACACCUCUCCAUCAACUUCUCCACCAUCGGAGCCUGAUUUAACAUCCUUUCACCCACUUUCCUUCGACCGCACCGCACCAGAUUACACCUCCCUCCUCUCCGACGAACUCCUCCUCAACGUUUUCUCCAAGCUUCCCAUCUCUCAACAUGUCUCCAAUUCCUUGGUCUGGAAACGCUGUUUGUACCUCCACGGCCGGCUGUUGCAGUCCCUUAAAGUUACAGAUUGGUCGUUUGUUACUUCGGGUCGGGUAUUUAUCCGGUUCCCCAAUCUAACCGAUUUAGACCUGGUCCGUUCGUGUAUUGGGAUGUCAAGGUGUUCCAGCACUAUAUUAACCAACACAAUUAUGUCGGUUCAUGUUGAUACUGGUUUUACUCUCGACGGACUUCUCGAAGAAACGGCGUUGUUGCCGUUGAAUGAAAUCGACGGAGGGCUUGCAACGGUAGCCGAAAAGUACCCGAAUUUACAGAGAUUAGUAGCGAUUGGUGCAAGCGAACAAGGAUUGUUAAGAAUAGCGGAGGAGUGUUCCACAUUGCAAGAAUUGGAGCUACAUUGUGGCGGGGAUUUGGCUUUGAAGGCCCUUUCGGGGAUUAAAAACUUACGGGUAGUGAAACUGAUUGGGUUCAUUGAUGUGUUGUAUAACUCGACGGUCAAAUUUCGAUUGCUUUGA